CGGCUCUCAUGCCUCGACUGACUCUCAUCUACCCCAAAAGUCUGGGGGUCGCAAGGCAGGAAGGGAAGGAGGGCCGGGACUGUGGCAGUAAAUGGAUGGAGGAGGUGAAGGAGGAAAAGGAGGGAGAGCCUGCAGAGAGGAGCCCAGAACAGAGUUCAAACCAAACUCCAGAUGAAGGCCAACCAUGGCACACCUGUUGGUCCCAGGUCCUGAGGCCACUGAGGCCCUGGUUCAGUUGGGCUCCGGUGGGUGUGGUGUGGUCGCUUUGCCAGCUGGAGGCGCUGCUGCAUCCCUCUGCGUCGCUGCUGGACGUCUGCUGGAGGCUGCUGCUGCUGCUUCUGCUGCUUCUGCUGCUGGUUGCCCUGGGAGGCUACAUCUAUGCCCUGAAGAUCUGCCUGCAGCCAGGACAGGAGCAGACUUUGCUUGAAUUCAAGGGGGAGAAUCCGCAGAGGGAACAGCAGGAGGUUGUGACUAAAAGCUGGAAUAACCAGUGUUCUCGGAUGCCCCGGUCAGUAAGUCCAGGCCUCCACCUUACUCUAACUCUCGCCCUGGCAGACAGCCUGCUGCUGUGCGUCCUCCAGGAGCCCCUGUCAGACCCCAGCGUGCCCCACAUUCAGGCUCUCCUCUCCAGACUGGAGUCGGUGUCUCACUCGCUGAAGAAGGCUGAUGUUGGAUCAGAGGUGAUGCUGGAGGAGGUGGAUGGAGGCUCCACGCUGACAGACAAACUGAGGCUCAUGCAAAGCUAUCUGCAGCAGAGAACAAGGUCCCUGCGAACUCUGGUCCAGGUGCAGGGGGAUUUCGAGGCCAGUGUGAAGGACUUGCUGCAGGGCCUGGAUGGCCUCUGGGCCCAGCUGGAGGAGCUGCAUACCGGGGUCACGCUGAGCAAACGGGGAAGCCGAGACCAGGUGGAUGUGGCCUCAGCUCAGACAGACGCAGAGACUUUGUAUGCAAUCUUGACUCACCACAAGAACAGACUUAAGUCCUGCCAGGCUCAUCUGAACAACAGCACACAGCUACUGCAGGAGUUAACAUGGAGCCACAAACACACCAGCAACAGCGUGAAAUGCAGCAGCGAGUCCGUUUGGCCUGAACUUCUGCUUCAGUCCAACAUUGAGCAGUUUGAUAAAGUACAGGAGGGUUUCAUCUCCCUGGAACAACAGACCUCCACCUUCCAGGCCCACCUGGAGGGACUUGGAGAAGGAAAUCAGGACGGACAUGCAGGGCCCCUCGCUCAUGCUAACGGAGCCCGAGAGUCUCCACAGACUUCCAGACAUGUGCAGAGUGGAUGCACGAGUGAAAUGUUGCCACAGCGAAGUAAUUCGAGGUCUGAGUCCUCGUCUGUCGGCUCGGCGGAUGCAGAAACAAACACAGAAGCAGACGGUCCACAUUCACUGUGUGAGAGAUCAGCGCUGUUCACCUCCACUAUCGGACGCCUGCGGAGAUCAGGAAGGAGGAAGUGAUUUUUAUCCAUCUUCAAACAGGUGUCUUGUAAAUACUGAAGUAGAUUAUCAAUCUGUGAAGAUAUUCUCAAAUGUUGAUCAUUUGCUGGUUGCCUCGAACUUGAGUAUUUAUUACAUUUUGUGAUUAUAAUAUGUGGAUUUUAUUGCUGUAAUGCUGCUCAGGUUGCUGUUAAACAGAUCCUUAAAAUGAU